AUGGGGCAAGUGGCGGAGUUGGCAUUGCUGCUCGAACAAGGUUUACAAGCGAUACGCGACCAAGGUGCGGAUCUUGCGUUUAACCAUAAACAAGAAGGAUAUUUAAAAGAAAUUGCUAAUGCCUGUAUGGAUAAUGAAGGCGUUGACUUAAUACUGGAAAUGUUAGCAAAUGUGAAUUUGAAUGCCGAUUUACAAUUGCUGAAAUCAUGCAUUGGACGAGCGGUGGUUAUCGGCAAUCGAGGAACAGUCGAUAUCAAUCCUCGACUUCUGAUGGCGAAAGAAACAAGUAUUUGUGGUGUGACUUUAUUCAGUUCUAGUGAGGAGGAGUUUCAAAUGAUCAAUGCUUAUCUCCAACAAGGUCUGAAGUUCGGUCAUUUAAGACCUUUAUUGGGUAAAAUCUAUCCAUUAGAACAAGCAGCACAAGCCCAAACUGAUGUGAUAUCUAAUCAUGGAACGUAUGGUCGACUCACAUUAAAAAUUUAA